UGAACCGUCGAUAGGUGGCUUCAUGACGGCAGCAAGAUUGAUUGACGGAAGGGGGAGCGUCAGACAGUUUACUGAGGACAGGACACCUGAUGUUAUGAAAGCAUUGCGAUGUAAUUUAGGACUGCUGGGAAUUGUAUUCGAAAUUGAGAUAAAGGUUGUUCCACUAGAAACAGUCAGCGUUCGGCGCGUUUUCACUCCACUGCGUAACUUGUUCAAGGCUCACUAUCUCCGAGAUCUCGUGACCAGGAACUACAUUGUACAUGUUCUGUAUUGGGCAUAUAAUUCAUUGACAGAAGAAGAGGCCAGGUUGUUUUCGGACACAGGAAGAGUACCAAGGACAUGGGACAGCGCCAACGAUUUGGUUUUGUUACAAAUAAUACAGCCAAGUUUGAGUUCUGUCAACCUCAGAUUUGAAGAUGAAAGACCAAAAUCGGCUUCAAACGUUACGAUUGUUUUGCUAGGGCAAAAUAAUUUCAACCAAGCACUUUCUGCGCCUGCCUCCGUUGUUUCAAACCUCAGUCAAGCCACCCACGUGCCCGCCGCCACCCUGGAUAGAGUCGAGUCCUCGGAAUACACCAUUCAGCAUUCAACAUUCACAGCAGAUGCCAAAGUUUUGAGGGUUCUGUCAUCAAUCCUAAACGAGAGGUCUUAUAAGGAGGGCAUUCAGCCUUUAGAACUGGGCCUGUUCAGAUGGUUUGCUGGUACGGAUUGCCUCCUCUGUGCAGGCUCGGUGCCAGUAGGGCGGAAUCGACACGAUAAAAACAAGGAUCUCGGCCACUUCGCCUCUUUUGAUCUACACAAACAAGUAAAUUCAAGGCAGGACCUCACACGCACGAGGGCUUUCCAAUCCGCGGUUAUACAAGAAUGGGACAAAAUCGGAAACUUGGGGCGUCCUCACUGGGGUAAAGUUCACCAGGUGUUUCCAAACCUGAAACAGCGGAUUAAGCUCAGCUACGGUCUCGACUUGGACAUAUUCAAAACCAUCCGAGAGUCACUUGAUGCCGACGGAGUUUUCACUAAUGCAUUCUUAAGAAAUUUGCUUGAUAUUAAACGUAAAACCUAUUAUAUUGAUUAGACAUUCACCACGUGCCAUAUAGUAAUGGGUAAUAUGUAGGACCUACGAUUAUUCUUCUCACCUUCAUUAUGGUUAUUUGCACCCAAAAGGGAAGGCUAGAGGUAGCAUAUAACUGUAUAAACACCUUGCUAAAAGUUGCACCAUUCGAGCAUUUUUCCAGAGAUUCCUCUUUUAAUCCUUUGGUAUCACGUAGUUAUUGGCUUCAUAAUGGCGCAGUGGACACUUGGCUAGAUAUCAGAUCAUUUCUUUUUUUAUUUUUUGAUAGGGAUGGGUUGUUGUUUCGUCUGAUCUCUUAUGUAG